GUCCGGCUCGGCUGUAUCGUAGUAGCGAUUGUCCCCGGUAGAGCGUGUAAAGAGUGCGCGAUUGUGAGAUCUUUCGUUAUUGCCCCAGUGCAAUCCAUUUUGUUUCUAUUACGUAAUGAUCGAAUUGCAGCUUCUUUUUUGACUCGAAUAAUUUCAUUAAUCUCUACCAUGCCAAUGAACUCAUUCUCUUGUGCUUUCUUUGUUAUUUCAAACAAUGCUCCAUGCUUUUUAUGACUUUCGCUAAGCGAAAGUGACACAUUCUUAAUCACUGCUUGCUCUUGAUUCAAAUCCGCACUAGAGAUGUAAUCGCAGAGCAGUAACAGUAUAACUAGCAAUGGCAGCAUCACUAAUAUUAGGUAUCAGGUGACUCGGUGAAAAUGGCACAGACUUCAUUUCACAAUAAUAAGUGAACUAGAUGGACUUUAAUCAUAUUCAAGCAAUAUUCUUCAUUAAAUAAAUGAACGUAGAAUUGUUAAAAAAAAUCGCACAAAAGCAGGGGUGAACUAAUGUAAAGGCGAGAAGAGAAAAAAUUAGAAACAGACAAUGAUUUAAUGAAUUGUAUGCACUUAUUGGAUAUUCUGAUUAUGCUAUUGUGCAGUUAAUUAGAAAUAUAGGAUCAACUCCCGCAACACGAAAAUAGAAGAACACCGGUCGUCCUUCUUGCAAAAUGCUGCACAGCGUUCAUGCGGUAGAAAUAGAAAAGCACCACGACAUGCGAUUCAAAUUUCACUGGCUGUUUCCGCAAGAGAUUUUCAAACUUGGCUUCGCUCCAAAUACCGAAUCUCCUAAGAAUGACUUCGAUGCGGAAUUUGUGAAAUCAGAAAUCUUCAUAUUCUAAAAUAUUGCCCACAAAUAGUAGGAAUAUUACAAUAUCGCCAUGUGAUGAAUCAGCCACAACUAACUAUUACUCUUGAAUUAGAUGGAAAAUGGAAAAUCAACCAGUCCAAACCUUUCUUUUAAGGUCCGCCAGUUAGGAAGAUCAGUAUGAGAGGUACGGCCGUUGGCAUUGUCGGAGCAUCGAGGGCCAAUCGUGGCUUUCUGGUUAGGACUUUAGCCUUCGUCUUCCUCGCGACGUUCCUAUGGCUGCAGUUGCACGUUAUUAACUUGACCGUUCGCGAUUGGUCAAAUCAACCAGUCGUCAAUGAGAGUCUUUACGCCCUUGUACCUCAAGAAUUACAUAGCUCAAGGCAUUUUAAUUCCCAAUCUUCCUUAUACUUGAGAUUUUUGAAAGAACGCCGUAACAAUACGUACACUCAAAGCUUCAUAAACGGUACACUAGUGGCAUCUGGCAGUGUUGGCAGUAGUGGUAGCGAUGAUAUAGGUGAGCGCGAAAUCGCUGAGAUCCGACGUCAAGUUGAGCGUGUCAACGCGGAACAACGUGUCUUCAAUAUUGAAGCUUUUGGGCCUCUUGCCUCUGAUGUCCCAGUCAUUGUCGUCCAGGUGCACGAUCGGCUUACCUACCUACGUCAUCUCAUUAUCUCGCUGGCUCAGGCUAAGGGAAUCGAACAGACACUGCUCAUCUUUAGUCACGAUGUCUGGAAUCCAGAUAUCAAUUAUCUCAUACAAAAUGUGGACUUCUGCAGGGUAAUGCAGAUUUAUUAUCCGUACAGCAUUCAAAUGUACCCAAAGAUUUUCCCUGGUGAAAGUCCCAAUGAUUGUCCAAGAAAUAUGCGUAAAGAACAAGCCAUGAACUUGGGCUGUACUAAUGCUCAGUACCCUGAUUUGUAUGGACACUACCGAGAAGCUAAAUUCACGCAAACUAAGCAUCACUGGUGGUGGAAAGCGAAUCGAGUAUUCGAUCAGCUUACUAUUAUGCGCAACCAUACCGGUGUAGUUCUGUUCUUAGAGGAGGAUCAUUACGUCGCCGAAGACUUCCUUCACGUACUAAGACUCAUGGAGCAUACCUGCAGGCACAGCUGUGAACGUUGCAAUGUUUUGUCGCUUGGAACCUACCUCAAAACUUACAAUUACUACGCAGACUUCAGCAAGAAGAAGGAGCUGCUCCGGGGUUUGAAAAGGCAAGAGUCGGCGAGCGGCGGUAGCCCGAUCAGGCAAGGCCAAGAGGGUGACUCGACCCCCUUAUCGAAUCGGGGCCAACAGCUCGCGUCUGCGCCUUCAUGGGCCUAUCAACUCCUGCCCGGCCUCUAUCAGCAUUAUCAAAAGGCAGAAGUGAUACCGUGGAUCUCGAGCAAGCAUAACAUGGGAAUGGCCUUGAAUCGGGCGACGUGGGAGAAACUCCGAAGGUGUGCAGCGCAAUUCUGCUUAUAUGAUGACUACAACUGGGACUGGAGUCUACAGCAUGUCGCUCAAACCUGUCUUCCUCCGAGUCGUGGAGCCGGCGUUGCUCCACGGGUUGAUUCUGGCUUAAUCACUAUGAUGAUGCGUGCACCGCGUGUUUUUCAUAUCGGCGAAUGUGGUGUUCAUCACAAGAAAGAAAAUUGUGAAUCGACGACAGUUAUAGCGAAGAUUCAAAAAGUCCUUAGGUCAGCCCAAAACAAUCUUUAUCCUUCGCAAUUAACUCUCACCGUGGCCAGCAUUUCAAAAAGGACGAAACUGCGAAAAGGCAAUGGCGGCUGGGGUGAUGUGCGUGAUCACGAACUUUGCCUCAACAUGACGGCCUUACCAGAGCUUCAGCUACUCUCUUAAUGCCUAGUCAAUGUGUUAUCUAUAACAAUAUAGAAACGCUUCUUUCGUAUGCAUAUUGUGAAUAGAUAAAUAAAAUAAUUUUCAAGCAACAUAAACAAUAAGAACGAGGGCUCAUGUGCAUUUUUAAUCAGCAAGUGAAUCGUACAGUAAGGUAAUUUAGCUCUUGAGCGACAAGUUAUUUGAACUUUGCACACCACUUGAGACUUGUUAUAUAACAUAAAUUUUUAAGUUAUUAAUUAA